GGCCGAUACGCCGUCCUGACGAGAACGAAGACGAUCCGCGGCGACUUGCGGCGACCAAAUUGUGGUGGGAAGGCAGGGGAAGGCCCUGACGUGCCUUCGAUGCUCUGAUGCGCACCUUCUUCCACAGCAGACAGCUCCGAUCUGUCCAUGGAGAGGGUUAGCGUCGGGCGGAUCAGCUUAAUGGGGGCGAGGCCGGACGGCUGCCUACUCUGCUUCGCCGUUCUCGCCCUAUCCUCCUCUGUGCUGCUCUCUGCUUCCCCUCUUCGUGGCGUCUCCCCACAAGAUGAGAUGUACCUUGCAGGGCCGGUGAUCGGCUGCAGAGACGGCUCCAGAACUUUCACCAAGGACCGGCUGAACGACGGAUUCUGCGAUUGCCCUGACGGAACUGAUGAACCCGGUGCCCUCUUUCUCCUCCUGGAUUUGGGAACUUCUGCUUGCCCGGAAAGCAAAUUCUACUGCAGAAAUUUAGGAGCUAAACCUGAGUUCGUGUUUUCUUCUCGGGUGAAUGAUUAUAUCUGUGACUGUUGUGAUGGAAGUGACGAGUAUCAUAGUGGCGUUCACUGUCCAAACACAUGCCGCAAGGAUCAGAAUGUUUCUGAAGAGAGUACUGAUGAUUCAACUUCAGAAACUAACAAUUUGGAUGACACUAAUGAAGAAGAUAGGAAAAUUAGGGUUGAUCGGGAGGAUCUCAUCCAGAAGUUACGAGGGUUGAAGGUGGUGUUGGUCAUACAGGUACUGUCUGCGAUGCUUAUCAUUGUUCUUUGCCUGUACCAUCGACGCAGUAGAUUUCGGAGAAGACGAUAUCAUUUGAAGUGGUAAUGAAGUUGCUUUUCUUCAGUCUGACCAAAAAGCAUAAAAUUUUCUGAAGCUUAUGGCAUGUCGACAUAGAUAUUGCAACUUUCAGAAGUCUGUAGUAACUUGAUCUUACUGUGUGAUAUC